AUGGGUGCAGACCAAGUUGAAAACGGAGGAAGGGAUGAUUCUGAUAAGGUGGAAGUGAACAUAUAUCCUUUGAAUUCUUACUAUUUUGGAUCCAAACAUGCUAUUCCUUCCAAAGAUUACUCUCUUCACGACCAUCUUCAAAGAUUCAAGUCCAACUAUGCUGCAAGUGGAAUGCGAAUUAAUGUUGAAGCUGUUCUAAUGGUUGAGUUGUUCAAACAUCCGCAUUUGUUGGUGUUGCAAAUAAAAAAUUCCAUCUAUAAACUUCCUGGUGGCCGUUUGAGGCCAGGUGAAUCAGAUACUGAUGGAUUGAAGCGCAAGCUGGCAAAGAAGCUUUCUCUUGAUGAAGAUGAGGGACAAUGGGAGGUAGGAGAGUGCCUUGGAAUAUGGUGGAGGUCUGAUUUUGAAACAUUGAUGCACCCUUUCUUACCACCUAAUGUCAAACAUCCAAAGGAGUGUACAAAACUCUUCCUUGUAAAGCUUCCGGAAACUCAAAGAUUCACUGUGCCAAAGAACAUGAAGUUGCUUUCAGUUCCAUUGUGCCAAAUUCAAGAAAAUCACAAGAUAUACGGGCCAAUUGUAUCUGCAGUCCCACAGCUACUCUCAAAGUUCACUUUCAAUAUGAUCGGAAUUUAA